AUGACUCUUUUUAGAGUGAUAAAUAAAACGGAUGUAAGUAGGCGGGUUAUAAUAUAAAAAAAUUGUUAUGAAUGAAUAAAAACAUAAUAAGAGAAAAAGGCAGUUGAAGAUUGUGAUUUGUAAUAGAGGUCGGACUAAAUGCACUACUUAUUUUUAAAAUUUCGAUGUUGGUUUUUUGUUUACAAUUAUUAAACGGACGGAAGGAUUGUUUUGAAAAUUCACAGGAGGGUUGAGGAAAGGUUUCAUAAUGAUUUGAGCAUAAAAAAUCCCGGAGGAUAUAUUUUUUUCUAAAUAUAUAAAUUCAAGAACUCAAAUCAUACUAUAAAUGCUUUAUUUCGAUUUCGAAAUUUCGAAAUUUCGAUAUUAUUUUUUUUCCAAAGGUAAAACAAGAUUGUUACCAAAAUUUACAGGAUAUAAAUAACGAUUUAUUUUUGUAUUUCACAUUACUGUUCACCCUGAAGAGCUGACAAUUCUCGGCAAGUACUAUGAUAUAUUUUUUUUUUACAGUUAUAUUACGCGGCUUGAUGACCGAGACGUGCUGCUACCUACAUUUAUGAUGUCGCGCUUGCGUCAUUUUAUCGACUAUUCAUAACAUGACAACAACGGAAUAUUCAUGUACCAGUAGUCAAGUUUAUUUUAGUCAGUCUGAGUCAUUAAAGGCCUUGUGUAAUCAUUACCACCUUCAUCUAAAAUAAACAAUAACAAAAGAAACGUCAAAAUCAAAUUUGUACUUGUUUUUUUACUAAUUUUUACGUAAUAUUUUGAUAGAAAUGUUGAUAUAAAGUCAUCAUGCCAAGCUGUUAACAUCAAGCAAUAAACAAAUAUCAAUUUAUUUAUUUAAUAACAAUGUCAUAGUGUAUUAUAAAAUUAACUGUCAAAUGACAAUAUUGUUUAUAACAUUUAAUAAUAAAUAUUUGAUACAAUAACAAUGGCAAGUUUGGCUGGAAGCACUGUGGGUCUUCCACGAGCACCAACAAUGCUUGAGCAGCUGUUAGAAGAAAUAAAUUUUCAAAGAACCAAAGAAAUGCGUCAAUUGCUCAAAGAUGAUUCAGGUUUUGUGAUGUUACAAGGAACAACAUACUGGACAGAUUUAUUUGUACGUCAUUUUUUAUUCCAAGCUGAUCACACAAUUGACGGUGAUGAUUUAUUAUUUUUCGUUCGUAAAAAACACAUUAAAACAUCAUCAAGAUAUCUGCCAAAAUUCGAAACUGAAGUUGAUGUAUUUCGUAAAGAUAGUAAAAAAUUACCAAUUGGUGAUCCUGAUAUUGACUGGGAAGAGACUGUCUAUUUAAAUCUUGUUGUUCAUCAAUUUAAUUAUACACUUACACUUGCUAUUUGUACAAGAACAAGUCCAAAAGAAUUACAGGUAUUAAGAAGACACUCACAAAAAGUAUAUGCAAGUCCAAGUCGUCGUAGAAUGGAUGCCAAAGGUGAUCUUGAAGAGAUGACAUAUCCACAUAUAUGUUUUAUGGUUGAUAAUUUUGAUGAAGUAUUUUGUGAUAUAUUAGUUAGAGAUGGAGAAAUGGUUUGUGUUGAACUUGUUGCAUCUGAUCGUGAAGGUGCUGUACAGGGUGUUAUAUUUCUUGGUUCAAUUAGAUAUGAUGCAUUAAAAAAAGUCUACGAUGCAAGGUCGAGUUUAAGUACAAAAAUGGCACAAAAAAUGACAUUUGGACUAUUCUCAGGAGCUUCAUCACAAAGAGUUGAAUUUGUUAGAAUGAAAGGACCACAAGGCAAGGGACAUGCUGAAAUGGCUGUGACAAAACCAAAAGGUUCUGGUGCUGAGACACCAACAUCAGAACCUGGUUAUUCAGUAACAGAUGCAUUGUGGGAUGCUGAUUGGGACGAUGCUGAAGAAUUAUUUAUGUAUAGAAAUCAAAGAAGAUUAUCUGAUCCAAGUGCAAAUAUUAAUAAUUUUGUACGUGGUGGUUGGCGUACAAAACCUGAUAAUGUUGGUACAAAAGCACGUUCUGAAAAUGAGGGACUUGAUUCAAUAGCUAAUGGAUACAAUGAAAUUGAAGCUGGUGAUGUCAAAGACGUGAAAAAUGAGGAAUCCAGUUGGGGUGGCCGGGUCGCGUCGCCAGUUCAAACUGAACGUAAUGAUAAUCGAAGAAGUGCAAGGAUGCGACGACGUGAGACAUAUCAUGAACAAAGGAGUCGUCCUAAUAAUCCUGAUGAUGAAAAAAAAUCACCAAGACGCGCUGGAACACCAAAACGUCGUAAUCGUCGUCAUCAACAACAGAAUAAUCAUAUUGAAGUUGGAAGUGAAUCAAUUAAAGCUGAUGAAUCAACUGAUUUAACUGAUGACAAUGUUAUGCAGAAACUUGACACUGGUGCAAUACUUGUUAAUGGAAAAGAAGAACUUCCACUUGGUCUUGAUGAUGACAUUGAACAUAAAAAUCAUCAAAAUAAUAUAUCAUCAUCAAAAUUAAAAAAUAAAAAACAUCAUUAUAAAUUUAAUUUAUCAAAUAAACAUGAUGAUUCACGUUGUUAUCGUGCAAGGCGUUAUUUUAGUGAUGAUGAAGUUGGAAGAAAAAAUAAAAGAUUACUAAAUGACGAAGACGAUGAUGAAGAUGAUGAUGGUGAUGAUAAUAAAAAAGAUAAAAAUACAAAUAUUAAAACAUCAAAGAUACAUGAUAACAAUGAUAAUAAAAAAAGUGCAACAUUACCAAGAAGACGAAGAAGAAGAAGAAGGGCAUUGUCUGGUAGUGUCAUUGGUAAUCAUCCACUUCCACCACACAGAGUCACUCCAGAUGGUACUGCAAUCUACUAUUGGUGUGAUGUUCCCCGCCGCCCCGGCUCACAGGAGCUAGAUGAUGGUGCGUAUAAUCCAUUGUGGACCAUGCGAGGUUUUACACAGACAUUUCAUUUUUGGAAAGAAACAAGGAGAGCACAAUCAGUUCCAUUAAAUGCAUUUUUAACUUAUAUUACUCUGCCAUGGUGGAGCAUAGCUAAAGAUAUUCUAGAUCAUCGAGAAGACCCCAUAUUGACAUUCUAAAUGUAAAGGAAUUGUUUUAAAAUUUUUUUUACAAGACUAAAUAAAUUAAAGACAAAAAAAAGAAAUGGAAUUUUUAUGUGAAAAUUAAUGAUACUGAUUAAAUGUGAUUUAAAUAAAUGAAAAAAAAAUAAAUAUAUAAAUUUGUGUUUA